UACGAUGACGCUUCCAAACUUUGUUCAAUAUCUUCGUGUUAAGUUUACUUCCUGACUCGGGGAAUGAUGGCUGACGGCAAAGCUCCUGACGACUUGACGACUUUAUCGCAGUUAGACGAAACAGAUUUGCUGCGCGCCUUGAAGGCAAGAUACGAAAGCGACAAGAUCUAUACAUAUGUUGGAGACAUUCUCAUAGCCGUCAACCCAUUCAAGGAUCUGCCUAUCUAUGGCAAAGAUGUCUGCAAGCGAUACAUGUUCAACAACAGCAGAUGCUCACAACCUCCCCAUAUCUAUGCUCUGGCAGAGCUGGCCUAUCAGUCAAUGCUCGGGAAGCGGGGCUUGCUGCCAGCCAAUCAGUGCAUUCUCAUCAGUGGAGAAAGUGGAGCUGGAAAAACAGAAAGUACCAAACUUCUUCUGCGCCAGUUGAUGGAGCUGUGUAAUGGGAACACGCAGUUGGAACAACAAAUUCUACAGGUUAAUCCAUUGUUAGAGGCUUUUGGAAACGCGCAGACUCUGAUGAAUGAUAACUCAAGUCGAUUUGGGAAAUAUAUCCAGCUAACAUUCCACAAAGGACAAGUGCUUGGAGCCAAAAUCUCAGAAUAUCUGUUGGAGAAAUCGCGUCUAGUCCAGCAGGAUGCAGGGGAAGAAAAUUUCCAUGUGUUUUACUACAUGUUUGCUGGGAAAACUGCUGAUAGCUUGGCUGAAUUAUCCAUGUCUCCACGUAAACGCUACAGGUAUUUGGUUAAAGGAAUCGCACCUGAAAAUGUAACAAAAUCCAAGCUGAAAUAUGAUGAGUUGAUAAAUGCUCUUGAGCUUGUUGGUUUCACAGACAGGGAACAGUCUGACAUGUUCACCAUACUGGCUGGCAUUCUACAUUUAGGAGAGGUGGUUUUCUCACCUGACGAAUCAGAAGCAGCGACAAUAAGAGAGCAAGGCGGUGCUCAAGCAAUUGCUGUAGCUUGUCAUUUGCUAGGAAUUGACACAACGGAGGUGAGCAAGUGUUUAACGUCCAGUUUGACUGUAACAAGGGGAGAUCAUGUAGAGAGGAAAUACACCAUACAGCAGGCUGAAGAUGUCCGAGAUGCAAUGGCGAAGGCAUUGUAUGGAAGGCUGUUUGGCUGGAUUGUUAACAAAGUCAAUCAGUUGGUGGGCUCCAAAACCAUUAUUCCUCCCAAUGAAAGCCAGCAAAUAGGGAUUUUGGAUAUAUUUGGAUUUGAGCAUUUUGAACACAACAGUUUUGAGCAGGCAUGUAUCAACCUGGCAAAUGAGCAGCUGCAACUGUUCUUCAAUCAGUUUGUUUUUAAACAAGAACAAGAAGAAUACACAAGGGAAGGCAUCGAUUGGACAGAAGUUAAAUUUUCAGAUAACCAACAUUUAUUGGACCUGUUCCUGGAUAAACCCAUUGGGAUCCUGUCUCUGUUGGAUGAAGAAAGCUUUUUCCCCUCAGGCACAGACAGAUCUUUUGUGGACAAACUGAAUUCCAAGUUCAAUCACCUUCCCCAUUACAGCAAGUGUAAACACUCUGGUAUACGUUUCACCAUCUCCCAUUAUGCAGGACAGGUCUCUUACAGUGGUAGCAACUGGCUAGAGAAAAACAGGGACACUUUCCCCAGUGGUAUCAUUAAUGCUCUUAUGCAGAGUAAAAAUAAGCUGAUUGAGCGCAUUUUUAAAGCUCAAAUCACAAGAACUGGCAGCUUGGCUUUCCAGUCGAAAAGGACGAGAAAACUUACUGCUAAGAGGCCUGUGUUGACUGGAACUUCCAAAAGCAAAAUGACUGUCAGUGGCCAAUUUCGGAAUUCGCUGAAGAUCCUGAUGGAGAAGAUGAAUGCAGCCUCACCCAUCUUUGUGCGCUGUCUGAAGCCUAACCAGAAGAAAGCCCCAAACAUGUUUGAUAGUCAGUACAUGCUGGCUCAGCUCUUGUACACAGGGAUGCUUGAAACUGUGAAAAUCAGAAGAGACGGAUUUGCUGUGAGAGUUUCUUUUGAGGAGUUUGUAACAAAGUACAAUCUGCUGGUGUCCUCUCCAAACCUGGCUGUGACGGCAGAGUCCUGUCAGAAGAUCCUUACAGCGAGUGGCCUCAGUGGGGCACAUGUCGGUAAAACUAAAGUCUUUCUGAGAAGUCACCAUGUUGACACACUGAGUGAAAAGAUGCACAAACUGGACCAAUCUGCCAUAAAGAUUCAGAAAGUUGUUCGUGGCCACAAGGACAGAAAAUGGGUGAAGAAAAUCAAAGAGGAUGUCAGGGAGCGUGAAAGAAAAGUAGCAGAGAUGUUGCAGCAGGUGGAGGAAUUGGGACAAUCACUUGUUCGUCAACAGGAGGUGCUAUGUCAGGCAGACAAGGAGGCAGCUAAAGUGGAGAAGUUGUCAAAAGCAGCUCCCCCAUCACCCCUGCCGUCACCACAGCAGCCAGAGCCACCUGCCCCUCAUCAUAAUAUCCUCUCUCCGGAGAAAAUAGAUGGUUCAUUCAGAUCAAGCAGUGGAUCAUCAAUCAGUGAACAUACACAGUUAAAGGUGAGAAACCCGAUGAGUGAUGAUGGAGAAUCGUCUGUGGGCUCUGAAGCUCUGUUCGACUCCAAUGGAGAUUUCUCCUCUGACGAUGACUUCAGCCAGCCCCUCGAAUCCGAGGAUGCAGUCUACAGCUCCACACCCGUGUCUGUGUAUGGAUGGUUCAAGGAGACCCAGACCAGAUACCUUCUCCAGGUCACCGGCACCUUCCCAGAGUGGUUCCAUGGAAUCAUCUCCAGAAGGCACGCAGAAUAUCUGCUGAACAAACUUGGUGCCAUAGGCGGCUUCCUUCUACGGGUUAGCCAGACUAAGUUUUCUUAUUGCCUCUCCUUCAAGGCAGAAGAUCGUUGUCGUCAUUACAUGGUGGAGCAGUUGUAUAACGGAAAGUUUAUCAUCAUCGGCGAAGCAAAGACCCACUCGUCCCUUACAAGUUUGGUAAAGUAUUACCAGAUGAAUAAAAUAUCAAACUGGGAUGGGUUUUUGACAGUACCAUGUGGACAGGAAUUCAAAGAUCAGAAGGACUAUGACGACUUGGUGGAUCAGCAAAUGAUUGCUGUCAUCUUGAAAAGCCUCAGGAGAAGACCUGACACUAUACCGAAAACCACACAGGAUGAUGGGGAGUACUUAGUGCCACGUGACUCUGGACGAAACUCCUACCUAAGUCUGCUACCUGAUUCUGAGGGGUCAGAUUCUCCACAUAAAGCACUCUCACAGAACAAAAAUUAUGCGGAUAAAACUUGGGAGUUGCCACCAUCCAUUCCAAACAGACGUAUUGACUAUGGUCAGAUUAUCACUCCUACGUCACUACAAGAGGUACUCGUAACAUCACAAAAUUUGUAUUUUUUUUCCCUUCAGCGUUUUUAUAUUCAGAAAAAUUUCAGUAUUUCAUCUAAAGUUUCAUUGAUAGAUUCAAUUUACCUUUAUAUAGAGCCACUUAUGAGUUUGUGUGAAGUUUUUUUUGCAAUCAAAAUGUUUUGCCUUCAAAGAUACCAUUUUAAACCAUUUACAAGAUUGUGCUUCUCAACGUGCAUUUUACAGGCCAACCUGUAAAAGUAAUGUACAGUAAUUUUGAUAUUCAUGUACGUAGUAUUACUGUUGUGAUAUGAAAGUGUGGUACUUAAAUAUAGGUGCUUAAUUUUGAAAAUGCUUUAUGGUGUAUGAUAAUAUAAAGAGGUGGCCUGGGCUAAAAUCUAGCUUGAUGAAAAUUUAUCAUACAUCAGGAGUGUGUAUACAUGCAUGUGUGCACUCCUGAGAAGUCGUGAUUAGUUUUCACCUGUCAUAAACUAAUUAAUUACCUGUAGAUUACAUUGCUUCUCACUCACAUAAUUAGAUAGUGCUAACUCACCUGGAGUUCUUCUCACUCAUAUAAUUAGACAGUGCUAACUCACCUAGAGUUCUUCUCACUCACAUAAUUAGACAGUGCUAACUCACCUGGCUGGCUGCCAUGGUAUAAAUGAAAUAUUCUUGAGUACGGCAUAAAACACCAAUCAAAUGAAUUAUAUAUACUCUAUUCUUUUCAGUCAUUAACUCACCUUCAUAGUAAUAGACAGUGCUUCUCAGAAAACUCACCUUACACUAUUCUUUUCAGUCAUUAACUCACCUUCAUGUUAAUAGACAGUGCUUCACAGUAAGCUCACCUUACACUAUUCUUUUCAUUCAUUAACCCACCUUCAUGUUAAUAGACAGUGUUUCUCAGAAAACUCACUUUACACUGUUCUUUUCAGUCAUUAACUCACCUUCAUGUUGAUAGACAGUGCUUCUCAGAAGACUCACCUUACACUAUUCUUUUCAGUCAUUAACUCACCUUCAUGUUGAUAGACAGUGCUUCUCAGAAGACUCACCUUACACUAUUCUUUUCAGUCAUUAACUCACCUUCAUGUUAAUAGACAGUGCUUCUCAGAAAACUCACUUUACACUGUUCUUUUCAGUCAUUAACUCACCUUCAUGUUGAUAGACAGUGCUUCUCAGAAAACUCACUUUACACUGUUCUUUUCAGUCAUUAACUCACCUUCAUAUUGAUAGACAGUGCUUCUCAGAAGACUCACCUUACACUAUUCUUUUCAGUCAUUAACUCACUUAAUACAUGUUAACAGACAGUGCUUCUGAGAAAAAAACACCCCUUACAUAAUUCUCAUCAGUCAGUGUUCUAAAUAGACAAUGUGUCUCAGUCCUAUCACUAUUAUAGAUAGUGCCCAUAACUCAGUUCAUCUUAUAUGUGGACAUGCAGUACAUGCACUUCUCACUCAACUCACCUUAAAUAAUGCUGCUCAGUCAGAUCAGCCUGUUGAGGGUUUAUCCACUCCCUGCUUGUUGACUCGUGAAGUAUUUCAGUAGUUACAUGUAAUCUGUAGAGUGUGAUCAUUUCAACUUCACGUCUUCUCUUUCUAUCAACUCAUGCAUCUGUAUUUCUGUCAGCUUUGUAGAUCUUCGUGUACUGACCUUAAGACUUACAAGUACUUACAUUUGGUCGACUUUUAACAGCCCAGAAAAAUAGCAGUAUUUUUGUCAGUUCCCUAUUAAACCUACAGACUGCAUUUCUAUCAGUUGAUGGACUGAAGGUGUGGAUUACCUGUACAAGUAAUUUAAUUGGCAUGGGAAAUAUGGACUAAUGUGCAUUUCCAACAACUACAAUGUAGCUCAGCUUCUGACAUUGCAUGUUGUAUUUCCUUAUCAGCUUACUUUUUAACUUUAUUUCUUACAACUUUACCUGUAUGCAGUAUUUCUUAAACCUGAACAAAUGUUGGCAAAAUGGGUAUGGCUUUAGUUUGAUGGACACCAUUUAAUUAUCACCCUAUCUUGAGGAGAGAUUCAUAUUUCCUUUGCAAAUUUUGUGAACUUGUUUAUUGCUGCUCCAGGAGGAAGUCUAUAUUAGAAUGAAUGUUUCCAGACAAUAAUUUAAUACUAACAUUUCACUAUAGCUAUACUCUUGUGGUCAGAAUUAUUAUGUGGCUGGUUGAAACUGCGCAGCAAAUUGAAUGAAACCUUGCGUCAUACCUGAUUCACUGAAGAGUUGCCCUCGUGGGGUAUGACCUUUGUCAUCAGUGAAAGUGACCUUUGACAUACUUUCCCAGUUUAUAUUUCGAAUCAUGAUUUCAUGUUUUUAAACAAAAUUAUUGUAUAACCCAAAGUACUGAAUCAUAAUCCAUAGAUCUUAAAAUUUAUACAGAGUGAGGCUACGUGGCUCAGUUGGUUAGCACGCUAGCGCAGGGUAAUGACCCAGAAGCUUCUCACCAAU